AUUCUGUCCAUUGAUUGACUGGUCGAUUGAUUGAUUGAUUGAUUCAUGUGCACAGGAACAUUUCAAACAAUUCCCCUUGACUAUGCUCAUCCAACUCGACUUGAACAUGUUCUUUGUACUACUGUGCAUGCAUGAUCCCGGAACACCGUCAACCCCAAUAACCUCCAAACCGGUUUGUUCGGUGAGAUGCUGCACUCUUGUUGUGUAGCUUCCACCUUGCAGCACUUCUAACCCUCCAUCGUCCCGACCAUCACUAAGCUAGACUGAGUAGUUUGUGAUCGCUUCGUCUUCCAACCAGCCACCCUUCCCUCCCCCCUCACCCGCCCCGACCCGCUUGCUAGCCCAUAUUGCAUUUGUAUUCUACCGUCUGCUCUUCACCGCGCAUCUCUUCGUUUGCUUUCGUUCAGCUGCUGUCUCCAUGCUCAUCGACAAUUCUCGUCUCCACCUGCAUUUGUCAGGUGCAUACCAAGAUACGGGCUAGUGCUUGGGAACAGAACAUCUGCACCAUCGGUACCAUCGACAGCGAGACAUGUAUCAUGGCGCCCUUCUGAUGUUGUUUCUGGUGCUUGGUUUACCCGCUUCCGCCAUGGCGUCCCAGAUUGCUGGGUCCGCCCCAUACUACGUCAACACCACCACCCCUCCGUCUAUUACCGCCCCUAUAUCCAUCACUCGCUCCAGUCAACUGCAAUAUCCUACGAAUAUCAUUCCGAGUAGCUCGUUGCAAUCACCCGACAAUGCUACGCUCAGCAGCAGCAAUGCGACAAGCAUUACUCAUCACAAUGUUUCGUGUACGGUCAAUAUACCGAGUGCGAAUGUUUAUUGGUGGUUUGCUGCAACCUACGAGCUUGUCAUCGGUACCAUGACGACAAAGGCUCCAGGUUUUGUGAACCCCGGGGGCUACUUGACCAUGAUUCCUAACAACGCUACCUUUGAUGCAGCGGCAACCAUCUCGGGCCAGCGUGCCCUCACUGAAACCUCGACUUGGGAUUCUGAAUGGGAAAUGUACUGGACCUUUUUCGAUCCCUAUCCUGUCACUCCCACUGCUGCCGUCUCCUCCAUCGUUACUCGUAAUACACCAGCGCCUCUACCAUCUGGCAACAUUAUCCCGCAAAAAGACUGGCCGCUUUAUACUCACGAUCCUGCGCACCAGCUCCCUGCAUCAGUGUCCAUCGCUUCUAUCGCAAACUCCACCCUUGCCAUCACUUCAGCCACCCCUUUCGUUCGCUUAGCCUCGUACGAGGUGGUUUCUACUGUCGAUGGGGCUAUGUUUACUUCCACGGUGAAACUCAGCCAGCCUUCUGCAUUUGAUUAUGCUGUUGAUGGCGUGGAGAGUUCUGCGUCGGCGCAAGGCAUCGUUCCGAGCGCUUUCAUGCAGGAUAUCGCCCAGACUUCGUGUAAACCAGGUGUUAUUUAUGCAACCGUGACGGUUCUGAUCGUCAUAGAUAUCAGUUAUGUCAAUGUCCCUCGCUUCCUACCACUUCUCGUUCACCUCGAGUCUUCGGCCUCGGGAUUUGAAUCUGACUCUCCAGUCAAUAUCCAAGCUACAUCCAAGGGUGUACCGUUCACUGUCAGUUGGGAUUUCCCCAGUUCCGGGGGGAUUGGGAGAGGAGCGGGGGGAGAGCCAUCCACCCAUCUUCCAGAUCCGCAAUCCGCAUCAGAAGCACAUGCAUCUUCACCAGGAGCUCAAAACCCCGUCCCUGCUACUGUCUCGGCUACAGAUCGAUUGGCUGGCGAUAGCUUCGUGGGUGGUCUCCAACCCACGCCGCAUACUGUCGGUUUGAUCGGAAAAAGCCCGGUGAUAGUGGCGCCGUCGUCAGUUGUCAUCAUUGGAACAAACACCUUGAGUCCCGGUUCCAUCAUGAGCGUCGAUGGAACUGCAAUAUCCUUGUUACCCUCAGCAACAGCCUUGGCCAUUGGAGAUAUCACGUCUAGACUACCGCUGAUGGCCAACCCCGGUUCUUCUACCAUCAGUGUGGGCAACAUUUUGGGUAAUCCAAUCAUGUUAAAUCCAUCCUCUGAAAUAGUUAUUGCUGGACAGACCCUCUUACCUGGCGCGCCAUCCCUGACACUUGGUGGGAAUCCAAUCUCGUUGGCUCCUUCAGCAACCGCCCUUAUUAUAAGAGACAAAACAUCUGCUCUUCCCAGCGUUCUGUUUCCUGGCGUCAACGCUCAAGCGCAUACUGCUGCCAUUCCGUUGCUCACCAUAGGAUCGUCGGUAUACACAGCAAAUGCUGCCACACAAUAUUACCUGGGCCCUGGCCAGAUUUUGGAACCUGGUGGUACUGCGGUUGGCUUCAGAGGUACUAUGGUCAGUUUGGCACCAUCGGCGUCUUUUGUGGUAAUUGGUGAUCAGACGCAGGCACUUCCCACCUUCAUGCCUGCGUCCCCUACAGCUCGGCAGGAGAUUAUUGUUGCUGGCUCUACCAUAACAGCUAUCAGUUCCAUUGUCGCCCAGAACUCGAAUCCUGAGAAGCAAGAUGGCCAAGCUGCUAAGCCUGUAUUCGUAAUUGGUGGGCAGACUCUAGCACCGGGGCACGAUGUAACUGUCGCUGGCACAACCAUCUCUUUGGGGGAUUCUGGAUCUGUUGUGGUGAUCAAUGGUAUAACAUCAACGUUCCCGGCCAACGCGGCACCCAGCACUGCCCCACCUUUGACUGUCGGCCAGCGUGUUCUCGAGCCCGUUCUGAAUGAAAAGAUAAUAUAUGACAUCCACGGCAUUCCUCUCACCCCUGGUGGUCUCGUUACUGUUUCUGGGGCUGUUAUAUCGCUCUCUCCAGAUGCUACGACACUGGCUGUUGAUGGCGUUACCACCACUAUCUCCCAUUCACAGGCCAUUACCAUUGUUUCUGGUGUAUACAGUGCUGUCUCUCGGCCCGAAACGCUAUACAAAAUUGGAAACCAAGUGUUGACGCCUGGUGGAAGCAUCAUCAUGGAAGGUACCACCAUCUCACUCGCACCUAUGGCUACGGCACUCGUUGUAAACGGCGUGACCACCUCAUUGACAACCCCCUCCAAGUCCCAACCAGCUCCCACCAAUCCACCAAUACUCACCAUUGGCACUCAGACUUAUACCGCCAUGACUGGAAUAGGAACCACAUUUAUGAUAGGCGGACAGGUCCUGACCCCUGGAGGAGCUAUCACUCAAAAUGGAACUACGAUCAGCCUAGCCCCCGGAGCCACGAAACUCGUGUAUGGCAGCGCAGGGAAGAGCAUAACUGAAAUACUAUUUCCUGCCACUACCACACGGGGAAGUGGAGCUCAAGUGUCCACGGGUGGCGAUGCAACUGCAGGGAAGACCCAGAAUAUUGGACAAGCAACUGCCACUAGUACUACAAGAAGCUUCGCGCAGAGUCGAUUAGCACCUUGUUUGAGGCUCUUACUCUUCUCUUUUACGGCGGCCCUGAUCGGUAUCAUCGCAUAG